AUGGCGGACCCGGCCGAGUGCAACAUCAAAGUGAUGUGUCGCUUCAGACCUCUCAAUGAGUCUGAGGUCACCCGCGGCGAUAAGUAUGUCGCUAAGUUUCAGGGAGAAGACACGGUCAUGAUCGCGUCCAAGCCUUAUGCAUUUGAUCGGGUAUUCCAGUCAAGUACAUCUCAAGAGCAAGUAUAUAAUGACUGCGCAAAGAAGAUUGUUAAAGAUGUACUUGAGGGAUACAAUGGAACAAUAUUUGCAUAUGGACAGACGUCCUCUGGGAAGACACACACAAUGGAGGGUAAACUUCAUGACCCAGAUGGCAUGGGAAUUAUCCCAAGAAUAGUACAAGAUAUUUUUAAUUAUAUUUACUCCAUGGAUGAAAAUUUGGAAUUUCAUAUUAAGGUUUCAUAUUUUGAAAUAUAUUUGGAUAAGAUAAGAGAUCUAUUAGAUGUUUCAAAGACCAACCUUUCAGUUCAUGAAGACAAGAACCGCGUUCCCUAUGUAAAGGGGUGCACAGAACGUUUUGUAUGUAGUCCAGAUGAAGUUAUGGAUACCAUAGAUGAAGGAAAAUCCAACAGACACGUAGCAGUAACAAAUAUGAAUGAGCAUAGCUCUAGAAGUCAUAGUAUAUUCCUUAUUAAUGUAAAACAGGAAAACACACAAACGGAGCAGAAGCUGAGUGGAAAGCUGUAUCUGGUUGAUUUAGCUGGUAGUGAAAAGGUUAGUAAAACUGGAGCUGAAGGUGCUGUACUGGAUGAAGCUAAGAACAUCAACAAGUCACUUUCUGCUCUUGGAAAUGUCAUUUCUGCUUUGGCUGAGGGCAAUACUUAUGUUCCAUAUCGAGAUAGUAAAAUGACAAGGAUCCUUCAAGAUUCAUUGGGUGGCAACUGUAGAACCACUAUUGUAAUUUGCUGCUCUCCAUCAUCAUACAAUGAGUCUGAAACAAAGUCUACACUCCUGUUUGGUCAAAGGGCCAAAACAAUUAAGAAUACAGUUUGUGUCAAUGUAGAAUUAACUGCAGAACAAUGGAAAAAGAAAUAUGAAAAAGAAAAAGAAAAAAAUAAGACCCUGCGGAACACCAUUCAGUGGCUUGAAAAUGAGCUCAACCGAUGGCGUAAUGGAGAGACAGUGCCUGUUGAUGAACAGUUCGACAAAGAGAAAGCCAACUUGGAAGCUUUCACAGUGGAUAAGGAUGUUACUAUUACCAAUGAUAAACCAGCAGCCACAAUUGGAGUUACUGGAAACUUUACUGAUGCUGAAAGAAGAAAGUGUGAAGAAGAAAUUGCAAAAUUAUACAAACAACUUGAUGACAAAGAUGAAGAAAUUAAUCAGCAAAGCCAGUUGGUAGAGAAACUGAAGACACAAAUGUUGGAUCAGGAAGAGCUUCUAGCAUCUACUAGAAGAGAUCAAGAUAACAUGCAAGCUGAGCUGAAUCGCCUUCAAGCAGAAAACGAUGCCUCUAAAGAAGAAGUAAAAGAAGUUUUACAGGCCUUAGAAGAACUUGCUGUUAAUUAUGAUCAAAAGUCUCAGGAAGUUGAAGAUAAAACUAAGGAAUAUGAAUUGCUUAGUGAUGAACUAAAUCAGAAAUCGGCAACUUUAGCAAGUAUAGAUGCUGAACUUCAGAAACUUAAGGAAAUGACCAACCACCAGAAAAAACGAGCAACUGAGAUGAUGGCAUCUUUACUAAAAGAUCUUGCAGAAAUAGGAAUUGCUGUAGGAAAUAAUGAUGUGAAGCAACCUGAAGGAACUGGCAUGAUAGAUGAAGAGUUUACUGUUGCAAGACUCUACAUUAGCAAAAUGAAAUCAGAAGUAAAAACAAUGGUAAAACGCUGCAAGCAGUUAGAAAGUACACAAACGGAGAGCAACAAAAAAAUGGAAGAAAAUGAAAAGGAGUUAGCAGCAUGCCAACUUCGUAUCUCUCAACAUGAAGCAAAAAUCAAAUCAUUGACAGAAUACCUUCAAAAUGUGGAGCAAAAGAAAAGACAGCUAGAGGAGUCUGUUGAUUCCCUAAGUGAAGAACUAGUCCAGCUUCGAGCACAAGAGAAAGUUCAUGAAAUGGAAAAGGAGCAUUUAAAUAAGGUUCAGACUGCAAAUGAAGUGAAGCAAGCUGUUGAACAACAGAUUCAAAGCCACAGAGAAACUCAUCAAAAACAGAUUAGUAGUCUAAGAGACGAGGUUGAGGCCAAAGAAAAACUUAUUACUGAUCUUCAAGACCAAAACCAGAAAAUGAUGUUAGAGCAGGAACGUCUGAGAGUCGAGCAUGAGAAGUUGAAAACUACGGAUCAGGAAAAGAGUAGGAAACUGCAUGAACUUACAGUUAUGCAAGACAGACGAGAACAAGCAAGACAAGACUUGAAAGGUUUGGAAGAAACAGUGGCAAAAGAACUUCAGACUUUACACAACCUACGGAAGCUUUUUGUUCAGGACCUGGCCACCCGAGUUAAAAAGAGUGCUGAGAUCGAUUCCGAUGACACUGGAGGCAGUGCUGCGCAAAAGCAAAAAAUCUCCUUCCUUGAGAAUAAUCUUGAACAACUCACUAAAGUGCAUAAACAGUUGGUGCGUGAUAAUGCAGAUCUUCGCUGUGAGCUUCCUAAGUUGGAAAAGCGACUCAGAGCUACAGCUGAAAGAGUGAAAGCUUUGGAGUCAGCACUGAAAGAAGCCAAAGAAAAUGCAUCUCGUGAUCGCAAACGCUAUCAGCAAGAAGUAGAUCGUAUAAAGGAAGCAGUCAGGUCAAAGAAUAUGGCCAGAAGGGGACAUUCUGCCCAAAUUGCUAAGCCUAUUCGACCUGGGCAGCAUCCCGCAGCUUCUCCAACUCAUCCAGGCGCAAUUCGUGGAGGAGGGGCCUUUAUCCAGAACAGUCAGCCAGUGGCAGUACGUGGCGGAGGAGGAAAGCAAGUGUAA